UUUGUUUGUUUUUUCUGGAUUAUGCUAACGUAUUUCUGUUUUCAGAGCCCAAAUUAAAAGUUGUUUUUUUGGCAUGUUGCAUGUGGGUUGGGAAAGGAAUUUGUCCGUGUCAGAACCUAGUUAUACAGAUGAUUCUUAACAUGUUUCAAACUUUUUUUUUCUUUUAUCAUUGUAUUUGUGGAAGUGGAAAGUUGCAGGGAGGUUUGCAGCAUAAAUGGUAUUGUUUUUCCCCCAUAGAGUUUGAACGGCCCAUAUCGGUUUCAGCCCUUCUGUUCCUGGGUGGAUCCCUCUUACUUUUCCAGGUGCGGUGGGUGGGAGCCUCAUUCUCCAGUUAGAUGUAGUCUCCCUGCUUUGCCUUAUAAAAGAAAACAAAUGGAGCAAUGUUAACUGAAUUGCCAUCUCUUUCUUCCUCCUAAAACUACCUUUGAAAGCAAAGAUUUGUGGAGGUGUUUUUGUUAAAUCUGCAAAUACAAUAAUGUUGGAUUUAUUUGCUUAAAGCAAUAAGGAAAUUCUAAUCGUGCUUUUUAUUUCACCUGAGUAAAGUGGCAACACACCUGAAAAUAUUUACAGCUUUUUGCACCCUGAAAGGGCCAUGGGUGGAAUAAGAUUUGGUUUAGAAAAACCAUUUAUACAAACUUUAGUGUUUAAAAUACAUUUCAGAAAACAAAAGGGAAGUUUUUAUUUUUAAAUCAACCUGAAAGUUGUUUUUUGGAGUUGAGUUUAUUGUUUAGUUAAUUUACCAUGAAAUCUGAAAUCUCUUAGAGCUGAAGGCCCAUGACUGUGCUUUCAUAUCUUAUAUUUAAUCUUAAGAUUUGGUUUGUUUUUGCAAAUAUAUUCUUGCAAAAGUACUGAUUCUAGUUAAUUAUAUAGCCAACUCAUCAGUAGCUGAAAACUAGGGUAUUCUCUUUUUGAAAAUGUGAAUCAGCCUGAAAAUUAUAUUAUAGCUAGAAUAGAUUACUGUCCUAAUUGUAACAAGAUGGGCUUUAAUGUGUAAGCUGCUCAUUAGCUUUAAAUUGGUAUGUCUUUAAUAAUCCUAUUUUGCACGCCCCCCCCACCCCCUGCCCCGCCAAUUUUUUUUUAAGACUAGAAUUUCUUUUCUAGAAUGAGAGUAUUUCUUGAAAGAUGAUUUCAUCUUUGUGAAGUUGUGGCUUCAGGAGGAAACCGAACUUUGUUCCUCCUUUAAAUAUAAUCUAGGCAAAGUCUGCAGGAAAUUUUUGAUGUCUGGAUCUCUUAAUUAUAACAAGUACAGUUAAAAAGAAGGAAAAAAAAUACAAUGUGUAUACUCUGUUGGGCUGUAGUUCUUGUUUAAUAUUUUUCAAAUUUUCUUUCAAAUGUUCUCUCUGCUUUGAUUUCAGCCUGGGGAGGUUUCUUAGAUCUUGAGAGUGUUGGUCAUGUUGCUGCCAGAGUGUCUGUUUCCCACUCAACCUUUAGGGGGAGGGAUGAGGGAAUCUAAAGGAGGAGUACAAAGGCAGUUUGAAAAUAGGUUCUGGAUGACUGACUGGUGGUGAUUUGGGUCCAGCUUUAAAUAGUGGGCUUUGUGUAGCUGAAGUGAGCAUCAUAGUUAACCUAGUGUCCAGGACGAUUUCCACAACUAAGGUGUUGUUUUGACGGGUGUGUAGUACAGAGCCUUUGGGGUGGUAAGAUGGAAGAUUUGUCUUUUACCUCACCUCCACUGGUUCUUUCAGGAAUUAUAAUAAGGAAUACAGAUAAGUAAAUGUUUUAUUUUUAAUUUUUUUUUGUUUUGCUCUUCGUUUUGGGGUAAAAAAUAAUGGCAGCUCUCUCCUUCCUGCUUCCUCCUUGCUGUGGUGGCUGGGAUGCUUCUUCCAUGAUUAUUUGAAUCUAGACUGGGCAGUUCUCUGUGUUAAACCAAUCAAUUUCGACCUUCUCUUAACAGUGUGAAGUGAGGGGGUCUCUCUCCCUCCUUCUCCUCCCUCUGUGAUUCACCUUCCUUUUUACCCUGCCCUGCGGCGGCUCCUCCCCUUACCUUCAUGGACGACUCAGAGGUGGAGUCGACCGCCAGCAUCUUGGCCUCUGUGAAGGAACAAGAGGCCCAGUUUGAGAAGCUGACCCGGGCGCUGGAGGAGGAACGGCGCCACGUCUCGGCGCAGCUGGAGCGCGUCCGGGUCUCACCACAAGAUGCCAACCCACUCGUGGCCAACGGCACACUCACCCGCCGGCAUCAGAACGGCCGGUUUGUGGGCGAUGCUGACCUUGAGAGACAGAAAUUUUCAGAUUUGAAACUCAACGGACCCCAGGAUCACAGUCACCUUCUAUAUAGCACUAUCCCCAGGAUGCAGGAACCGGGGCAGAUUGUGGAGACCUACACCCAGGAGGAUCCUGAGGGAGCUAUGUCUGUAGUCUCUGUGGAGACCUCAGAUGAUGGGACCACUCGGCGCACAGAGACCACGGUCAAGAAAGUAGUGAAGACUGUGACCACACGGACAGUACAGCCAGUUCCUAUGGGACCAGAUGGGUUGCCUGUGGAUGCCUCAUCAGUUUCUAACAACUAUAUCCAGACUUUGGGUCGUGACUUCCGCAAGAAUGGCAAUGGGGGACCUGGUCCCUAUGUGGGGCAAGCAGGCACUGCUACCCUUCCCAGGAACUUCCACUACCCUCCUGAUGGAUAUAGCCGCCACUAUGAAGAUGGUUAUCCAGGUGGCAAUGAUAACUAUGGCAGUCUGUCCCGGGUUACCCGAAUUGAGGAGCGGUAUAGGCCUAGCAUGGAAGGCUACCGGGCACCAAGUAGACAGGAUGUGUAUGGGCCCCAACCCCAGGUUCGGGUAGGUGGGAGCAGCGUGGAUCUGCAUCGCUUUCAUCCAGAGCCUUAUGGGCUAGAGGAUGACCAGCGUAGUAUGGGCUAUGAGGACCUGGAUUAUGGUAUGAUGUCUGAUUAUGGCACUGCCCGUCGGACUGGGACACCCUCUGACCCUCGUCGGCGCCUCAGGAGCUAUGAAGACAUGAUUGGUGAGGAGGUGCCAUCAGAUCAGUACUAUUGGGCUCCUUUGGCCCAGCAUGAGCGAGGAAGUUUAGCAAGCUUGGAUAGCCUGCGCAAAGGAGGGCCCCCACCUCCUAAUUGGAGACAGCCUGAGCUGCCAGAGGUGAUCGCCAUGCUUGGAUUUCGCUUAGAUGCUGUCAAGUCCAAUGCAGCUGCAUACCUGCAACACUUAUGCUACCGCAAUGACAAGGUGAAGACCGACGUGCGGAAGCUCAAGGGCAUCCCAAUACUGGUGGGAUUGUUAGACCACCCCAAAAAGGAAGUGCACCUUGGAGCCUGUGGAGCUCUCAAGAAUAUCUCUUUUGGACGUGACCAGGAUAACAAGAUUGCCAUAAAAAACUGUGAUGGUGUGCCUGCCCUUGUGCGAUUGCUCCGAAAGGCUCGUGAUAUGGACCUUACCGAAGUCAUUACUGGAACCCUGUGGAAUCUCUCAUCCCAUGACUCAAUCAAAAUGGAGAUUGUGGACCACGCACUGCACGCCUUGACAGAUGAAGUGAUCAUUCCUCAUUCUGGCUGGGAGCGGGAACCUAAUGAAGACUGUAAGCCACGUCAUAUUGAGUGGGAAUCAGUGCUCACCAACACAGCUGGCUGCCUUAGGAAUGUAAGCUCAGAGAGGAGUGAAGCUCGCCGGAAGCUUCGGGAAUGUGAUGGUUUAGUCGAUGCCCUCAUUUUCAUUGUUCAGGCUGAGAUUGGGCAGAAGGAUUCAGACAGUAAGCUUGUAGAGAACUGUGUGUGCCUCCUUCGGAACUUAUCAUAUCAAGUUCACCGGGAGAUCCCACAGGCAGAGCGUUACCAAGAGGCACCCCCCAAUGUUGCCAACAAUACUGGGCCACAUGCUGCGAGUUGCUUUGGGGCCAAGAAGGGCAAAGAUGAGUGGUUCUCCAGAGGGAAAAAACCUAUAGAGGAUCCAGCAAAUGAUACAGUGGAUUUCCCUAAAAGAACAAGUCCUGCUCGAGGCUAUGAGCUCUUAUUUCAGCCAGAGGUGGUUCGGAUAUACAUUUCACUUCUCAAGGAGAGCAAGACUCCUGCCAUCCUAGAAGCCUCAGCUGGAGCUAUCCAGAACUUGUGUGCUGGGCGCUGGACGUAUGGUCGAUACAUCCGCUCUGCUCUGCGUCAAGAGAAGGCUCUUUCUGCCAUAGCUGACCUCCUGACUAAUGAACAUGAACGGGUGGUGAAAGCUGCAUCUGGAGCACUGAGAAAUCUGGCUGUAGAUGCUCGCAACAAGGAAUUAAUUGGUAAACAUGCUAUUCCUAACUUGGUAAAGAAUCUGCCAGGAGGACAGCAGAACUCCUCUUGGAAUUUCUCUGAGGACACUGUGGUCUCUAUUUUGAACACCAUCAAUGAGGUUAUCGCUGAGAACUUGGAGGCUGCCAAAAAGCUUCGAGAGACACAGGGUAUUGAGAAGCUGGUGUUGAUCAACAAAUCAGGGAACCGCUCAGAAAAAGAAGUUCGAGCAGCAGCACUUGUAUUACAGACAAUCUGGGGAUAUAAGGAACUGCGGAAGCCACUGGAAAAAGAAGGAUGGAAGAAAUCAGACUUUCAGGUGAAUCUAAAUAAUGCUUCCCGAAGCCAGAGCAGUCAUUCAUAUGAUGAUAGUACUCUUCCUCUCAUUGACCGGAACCAAAAAUCAGAUAAGAAACCUGAUCGUGAAGAAAUUCAGAUGAGCAAUAUGGGAUCAAACACAAAAUUGCUAGAUAACAACUAUUCCACACCAAAUGAGAGAGGAGAUCACAAUAGAACACUGGAUCGAUCGGGGGAUCUAGGCGACAUGGAGCCAUUGAAGGGAACACCCUUGAUGCAGGACGAGGGGCAGGAAUCUCUGGAGGAAGAGUUGGAUGUGUUGGUUUUGGAUGAUGAGGGGGGCCAGGUGUCUUACUCCUCCAUGCAGAAGAUUUAGCACCACUAUCUCCGUUCCAUCUGGGCUUAUAUGUACUUUUAUUUUUUGGUGGUGAAAUGGACAAAAUGAUGAUUUUCCUUUUUCUUCGCUGGACUAUUGUGCCAACUGCCAGGCUGCCUCCUGCCCUUACAGCCCAAGUGACUGCCUUCUUUCCAUCAGCUCCCAACUUCUUCCGGUGAAGUUUAAUUGCCCCAGUGCCUCCCCCUUCCCCAUUCCCUCCGUUUUCUCCCAAGAAGCCUGAUUCAGUUGUUUGCAUAUCUUGAGAAACUGCUGCAGAUUAGUUCUUUUUUUGCCAGUUCUCCUUGGAACUCCUGGCAUUUUGUGGAGGGAGGGAGGGAGAGAAUGGGAAUCUUCACUGGAAGCCAUGGAAAGAAUUGGAAGUUACAUGCUGUGUAUGCAAUGUCCAGCAGUCUGGUAAACUGAUGACUCUUAAUCAAGAUUUUUUUCCUGGUGGGGAAGGGACUUUUCUUUUAGAGAGGGGAAAGUGUGAGCUCUUCCCUUACUCCUAAUGGCUAUUUUUGAAGCAAAGAAGGCUGGCAACAUUGGCACAUUCCACCUGGCAAAAGACCCUUGAGUAAGUGAAGGUCUCCUAGAACUGGGAUUAAGAAACCUUGCUCUCCUCAUCUCCAAGGCAGGGACCAUCAAGAACCUACAGACUCCAUCUCUUCUGCAAGUCUCAUGCCAACCCUGGGCUACUGCUGCUGCCCCUUAACAGAGGCUGUCCUUAACCCACCUCUCCUGCCCUGCGUUAUGUCUGCUGAGUUGGCCUGGCCAUUUCCAAGAGGCUGUAGAAAGGGGAGAAUGGCAAGGAAGACUUUUGGUUUAGAAGGAGCAGAAAGAUGUGUUUUGGGGAUGAAGAAGACCUCUAGGAAGAGCUCAUAGGAAUGUACAUGAAGCAAUUAGUCUGAAACUGGCAGGAAGCUUCAAAGCUGGCUUCCCCCCGCCCCCGUUUCUCCUUUUCCUAUCCUUAUAGGCCUGUCCCUUGCCUCUGCCCUGGAUUGGUUGGCAAACUAAAGGACUUGAUGUACAUAACUCUUGUCCCUUUUACCCUUAAAAGGUGGGGAUUGCCCCUGGCUUUGCCUCUUCUUUGUGCCUUUGGCCUGGGGUGCAUCUCCUCCCACCCUUCCAUGUGCCUUUCUUUGCCUCUGCAGUCUCAUUUCUCAUAAUUUUGCAAAUUAUAUUUUGUUGCUUUCUUACCUACUGUUGGCCCCAAAUAGCAGAAAGAAGAGAAGUGACCUAGAGAACCUCAAAUUCUCCAGUGGGGAUUGGUAUAGCCAUGAUUUCAGUCAUAGCAAGCUUUUGCUCAACAGCAUAUGGGUAGGAUUUUGCAAAAAUCCUAUUCUGAUGAAUCUCAAAGUAAGGUUGGUGAGAAGUGAGUGGUGUGACUCUUAACUCCUUAGGUGCCCAGAAUUUACCAUUAUUGCUGAAGGAGAACUGAUCUCUCCCCAAUUCUCCCCUCUCUCCAGUAUUGCCCCCUCCCACUUUAGCAUAUAUUAAUUAGCAGGUUGGGCUAGAGAAAUCAGCUGCUAUGCGGGUUGAUUAUUAUUAUUUUUUAAAUCCUUUUCCUUAUUUGCCUUCUCCCCUUAAUCUAAUCUAAAAGCUCUGUUCCAUGCAACUGGAGUUCUUUAUUCCUCUCUUCCCCUUCCCUUAUGUAUUGAGGCUAUGGGGUAGGAGAAAAGUGCACAACCCACCACUCCCUUUACUUGUGCAUUAAAAUUCCUUAUUUACCUUUUUCCCACUUCCCAUUUCCUCCCACUUUCAUCUACCUUUUCUGGCAAAAAGGAGCCUUUUGCUCUCUGUGACCCUAAGAGCACACUGCUCAGGGGAAAUUGACUCAUCCAGACCUGGCUCCGCUCUUGAUUUCUCUUGUCUUCUGCUCUUUUUCUGGUGCUCUUUUUUCUCGGUGGGGUGUGGGUAAUAGAACAGCCAUGGGCUUUUGGGGACCUUUAACUUUUUUUUUUCCUCUUUUGUUUAUAAAAACACUAAACAUUCAAUUCCAGAGAACCAAAAAUCCCACCUUCCCACCGAACACUACUAAGGGGCUUGUGUUCUGCUCCAUACCUUUUCUCUUUUCUUUCUCUCUUGUUAAUGCUUUUAAAAACAAAUGAGUUUUUUAUAUAAAUAAAGUUUUUAAAGUGUGUA